AUUGGUUGAUGAAAGUAGCCAAAAUUGACUAAACUUUAUUGGUCUCCACGUACUCGGUGUAAAGAAAGAUUGGUCAUUGCAUCUGCUAUAUAAUAUAAUGGAAGUUAUCAUAUACCUAAAAGAAAUUGUGAAGAAUUUAUUAGUAGUUCCUGAGCCAGACAAACAGUUAUCUUUCUUUUCCUACCACUCCAACAGGCAGUUUCUUGGUAGUUCUGAUGGGAAAUUUGGCAAUAAUCUUCUCUUUUAUCACUACUAAAAUAAACUGGAAUUUUCUAUUCUGUAGAUUGUCACACUAAAAGUAAUUAUCCAAUAUGCCUUUUUCUUCUUCUUCUUCUUCUUCUUCUUCUUCUUCUAAUCAUCAUGUAAAGUAUGAUGUGUUCCUUAGUUUUAGAGGUACAGACACCCGUAACAAUUUCACAAGCCAUCUCUACUCUGCUUUGAUUCGAUGCGGAAUUAUCACCUUCAUAGACACUAGACUUGAAAGAGGAGAAGGGAUUGAGUCAGCAAUCUUGAAAGCUAUUGAGGAGUCUAUUAUUUCUGUGGUUAUAUUGUCCAAAAACUAUGCAUCUUCACCGUGGUGCUUGGAUGAACUGGUGAAGAUCUUUGAAUGCAGGGACAAGCAAGGACAGAAGAUAAUUCCUGUAUUCUACCAUGUAGAUCCCACGGAGUUAGACAACCAAACGGGAAGCUUUGGAGAAGCAUUAGCUAAGCAUGAGCAAGAUUUCAAUGAGAUCAUUAUGGACAAGGUCCCAAACUGGAGAAUUGUUUUGAGCAGAGCUGCCAAUAUAGCUAGGGAGGUCAUGACACCCUCAAGUUUUCUUUUUCUAAUACCUCCAACUUCCAACAGGGUUGAGUCUGAGCUUAUUGAAGUUGUUCUCAAAGAAAUUCUGAAACAUCUAACGUAUGAUAUCUCCUAUGGCUUCAAGAAUUUGGUUGGAAUAAAUUCACGAGUUUCUUAGGUUGAAUCAUUGUUAUGCAUUGGGUCAAAUGAUGUCCGCAUAAUUGGACUGGGGAAUGGCGGCAUCGGUAAGACAACUGUUGCUAAAUUUGUUUACCAAAAAUAUGUUUCUCAAUUUGAAGGUAGCUGCUUCCUUGAAAAUGUUCGUGAUCACAGUCUACCUCAAUUACGAAAUGAACUUCUUGUUCAAUUACUAGGUGAAGGGAAUACCAAUUCAAGACUACUUCUUGGGAUGAGACAACUUCAUCGGAAAAAAGAUUCUUAUUGUUCUGUCUUGGGUUUAUUUCUUUAUGGCAAGACCCAAAAAGAAUGGAGAAGCAAAGUGAAAAAGCUUGGAAGAAUUCCUGACAAGAAGAUACAGAACAUAUUGAAAACAAGCUAUGAUGAACUUGAUUCUCAUGACCAACAGAUAUUUCUUGACAUAGCUUGUUUCUUUAAAGGAGAGCCAAUAUAUUGUGUUGUAAGAUUUUUAGACGCUUGUGGAUUCUCUACCUUAAUUGGCUUAAAAGUGCUUGCUGAUAAGUCUCUCGUUAUUAUGUUAAAUGAGAAAGUAGAUAUGCAUGAUUUGUUGCAAGAAAUGGGUCGACAAAUUAUUCGCCAGGAAUCUAAAGAGCCAGGAAUACGAAGCAGGUUAUGGAAUCGUGAGGAUAUCUAUCAUGUUCUGAAAAAAAAUACUGGGAGUGGAGCGAUUAAAGGCCUGUGUCUUGAUAAAUCGAAGUUAGAGAAGAUAAGCUUGCCUACAAGAGUAUUUGCUAAUAUGAAUGGAAUAAAAUUGUUCAAGUUCCAUAACUUUGAUAGUAAUGUAGAUACUGUGCGGUACUUUAAGGAUGUUGAACCUGUUCCUGAGAAUAUGGUCUUCCCUGAGGGCCUUGAACAUCUUCCUAAUGAGCUAAGGUUUCUCCAGUGGCAUUUUUAUCCUGAGAAAUCUCUUCCAUCAAGUUUUCAACCUGAGAAGUUGCUGGAGAUUAACUUAUCUGUAGCUGUGUUGAAAGACUUUGGAAAGGAGUGCAGGAUCUUCCAAAUUUAGAAGCGAUCAAACUCCGCCAUUGCAGAGAACUUACUGAAAUGCCAAACUUUUCAAGCGCCCCAGAUCUUAGGAUGAUAGAUUGUGUAGGAUGUAUAAGCUUAGUUGAGGUUUCCCCAUCUAUUGGUUGUCUCAACAAACUCCAUACUUUGAUCUUGGCCUAUUGUUCUAGAAUUACAAGUGUUCCAAGUAUCAAGAGUGUGGUUCUUCUUAAUCUUGCUUAUUGCCCAAUCAACAAGUUUCCACAACUUCCACUAACAAUAAGAGUCUUAAAUCUGAGUGGAACUGAACUUGGAGAAGUACCAUCAAUUGGGUUUCAUUCUCGACCGUUAAUUCUGAAUUUACGCGGAUGCAUUAAGCUCAAGAUCCUCCCUGAUUCUUUUUUUGGAUUGAGAGAUCUCAUGUCCCUUGACUGUGCACCAUGCCUCAACAUAUCCCAACUUGAAUCUAACAUUAGUCUAAUAACCUCGUUACGAUUCUUAUGUCUCGUAGGAACUGACUUGGAGAGCUUACCUUCAGCCAUUCAACAACUGUCCAUUCUUGAAGAGCUCAAUCUAUGCUUCUCCAGAAGGCUUCGAUCUUUGCCAAAACUUCCACCGCAUUUACAUCGUUUGGAUGUAUCGCACUGCACAUCACUCCAACUAGAUUCCACUUCUCUGAUUGGCAUCCAAGGAUAUUGGGGAAAGUUAUUUUUUUGUGAUUGCACAAGUUUGAAUCAUAAAGAGAUUAGAAGCAUUCUUAUGCAUGCCCACAAGAGAGUACUACUUUUGGCACAUGCACCAGGCAAACUCUACAAGGAAUUUAAUACAAGCAGCAAGAAUCAUUCUGUUGAAUGGAAAAGGAAAUUUGUGGUAAUUAUUCCUGGAAAUAUUAUACCAAAGUGGAUUUCAGAUCAAAGCAGCGGUUAUUCAGUUACUAUUCCACUGCCUCCAAAUUGGUUUCACAAUUUUUUGGGUUUCGCAGUGGGCAUUGUUUUUGAAUUUGGCAAAUGUACAUAUGAUGCAAUGGGUUUCUACUGGAUGCGGUUGGAAAGCCAAUUCAAGUCCAACUGUGAUCACACAUCCUAUUCAAUAUCUGCCAACUUCAACCAUUUGACUCAGACAACAGGUUCACAUUUACAAGGAAAACAGGUCUUAAUCUGGCAUUCUAAGGAUUUUUUCUUCACAGAUAAAGACCAAAUAGUGAUGGAUAACAUGUGCCAUUAUAAUGAGGUAUCGUUUAAGUUUUUUAUUGAAGAUGAUGUGGACAAGCCUUUACCUUCUUCCUAAUUAAAAAGUGCGGCGUCCGACUACUAUACAUUAAUGAUGCCAUCAAUCCAGAAAAUGAUGGCAAUUUCUUUAUGGAGAAAAGCUGCUUUGAAGACUACUGCAACUACGUUGAGGAUGAUGAACCAUCUUCAAGUUACUCAUUUAUCCCUCCUGAGCAGGCAGAGGCUAAAUCCUUCCUAUAACGAAAUGGAAGAGAAAGUACAAAGAAUUUCUUCUCUGGUGAGGUGAGGGAAAGGCAUGUAGCAACACCAACACUCCUCCUUGCUGAGAUUUCUGUUGGAAAUCAACUCAGUGCAACAUUCUCUUUUGUUCAACAUAUUCAUUGAUGGCCUCACACCAUUAAAGCUCCUACUUGAAAAUAACGUCUUCAUCCUCAAUAACAGAUGGACGACAAAUUUUUAAUAGUUUUUUUGUCAUGAUCCAAGGGAAUACAGCAGCUGAUCAUGCUUAUCAUGACAAGGGUGCUGAGGCAAUUCUAGAGGAAUGCAGCAGUACUGGUCAAGUCAAGAGCAAUUGGGAUUCUAGAACUGAACUGAGGGAAUAAUGCUGUGGCAGAAAAGUUGUUAUUUGUUUGUGUUGGGUUUAGGAGGAAGAAAAGAAGAACAUGGAACAAAAGGUUUCAGCAGAAAACAGAAACAUAUUACAGCAGAAAAUAAAAGUCACAACUCUGAAAAAUAUAAACAUUUUCUUUCUUUCUUUUCUUCUUCAUUCUCUUCUCGUUUUUUUUCCAAUACGAUACACAUUUUCUUCAUGCUCCAGCAGCCUCCUUUUUAUAGGGAGAAGUUAACUCUCUUGGAAAAAACUAUUACAACCUAACACCACGCUUGAAACAAGGAUCAUCAUUCCUUUUCACCUAAAACUGAUUACAUGGCUAAGAUAUAAUUACAUUAAUGAAACAUAGUUAACAUUACAGGCAAUUUGACUAAUCACAUGGCUAAGAUAUAAUUACAUUAAUGAAACAUAGUUAACAUUACAGGCAAUUUGACUAAUCUUUGAUUAAAUUCUUAAAUAAAAAUGUCAGCAACUCCAUCAGUUUGUUUGUCUUUGUUAGUUAUUGUCAUUUUGUCCUCUAGCUUUAGAGUAACAGAAUUGUGGUGAUAUGCCAAUUAUUGGCUUGUAUAAGCAAUAUCUUGUGUAAAGAGAAUCAUCCAGA